AUGGAAACAGAGCUAAAUGCCAUAAGAGAAAAAACGGACCACUGCGUGAAAGGAGCGAAAGAAGUUUGGAAGUCAGAGACUGACGAAGCCUCACGCGUGAUCAAAGAUUUCGGGUCUUACACUACGCUACAUGGGUUCCAUUUCAUAUUUGACUCCGGCUCGCUGAUACGAAGAAUUAUCUGGAUAACCCUAAUAUUGCUGGGCAUUGUUUUCCUUUUCUUCCAAUUUCGAGAUAACUACCGAAAAUAUCAAAGGAACCAGAGCAUCAUAAGCAAAUCCGUUGAGCACGAUGAAAAGCUUUUAUUCCCUGCAAUAACUAUAUGCAACCAGAACAUGAUGAAGAGGAGCAAAAUUCUUGGAACGGAUGCCCAAACGUUCCUUGACCAACAGGAUUUUGUCAAAAUUCACGUCUUAGGUAAAAGCCUCAUGGACAAAGAAGUUGAUCCGUCGCUUAAAGUUGACGAAAUCGUCACGAACAACAGUCAUGUGCUCUCCGAAAUGCUGCAUACGUGUACCUUUCAACACCAAGAAUGUUCAGCCGCUAACUUCACUUCAUUCCUCUCAUUGAUGGUAAAAGUAAAUGAUAAUAUCAGAUAGAAACAGGGAAAAUAAUGAGCUGUUAUUGAAUAGAUGAUCAGAUGAAUACGAUAUGAAGAUUUAUACAUAUCGCGGAGGGUUUUACCAGCCAGAGGGGUGGAGGGCUGAUGUGGUAACACCCGUCGACAUCUGCAUAAUUCUCUUCAUCAUACGAAAGCCGACGAAUAUUCCCACCUUAUAACAUUCUUUCUGUGCCUUAAGUUUCUUUAAACCACUUUCCAGGCCUGAUGUGCAGUUUGAUGAUAUGACUGGAUGUCAUAGCACUUAGUAGUAGUUAAUCUCCCUCACGUGGCUUUUCAGUUCUUGUCAGUUUCUUGCUAUCUAUUUUGGUCAGUACCUCUACUAAUUCGGCUAUUUUCUCUUCACUAAUUGUUUUAAAAUGCGUCGAAAUCUUCCAGCCAUUUUCCUCAAGAAGCUCAGGUUGUUUUGUGGUGACAUACAUCCUUGCGCAACUCAUAGAAACUACCCGUGUUAAGUGAAACACCUCAUAAGUCCAAUCAUUUUAUUACAAGCAAUCUCUCUUAUUAUAUAGCUGAAUCCACGAAACCUGUACUCUGAUUGGCUACCUGGGAGGGCAAAAUGGGUCCACCUUACCCGCUCGGGAUUUCCCGCGUUGGUCCCUCAAGAAAAAGGUUCUUUUUUUGGCAGUACAAUAAAUCCUUUAUAUACCAAGCCUCGACUUCGUUUCGGUCCGUAGAAAACGCAAAAAAGAACUUGGCCAAACUCGCUCAUGGCUGAGCAUGGUUGGUCAAUAACGCAUAUCUAUAUAAUUUGUUUAGAGUUAGCACGUUGUAAUUGAAUGGAUAUGGGGAAAAGAAAAUCUUUCAACCAUCCUUCAGGCUAACUAGUAUUUGUUAGAUAAAUCAAACGUAUGGAAAUCACAAAAGCGAAAGGUUUUAAUUUAUAAGACUAAAAUGUUCAUGAUGAUAUGUUGGUUCGAUUGCGCGUAACCCAUGCAGAAAUUAAUCUCGACAUCCCAUUGGCGUUGAAGUAAACAUAACCAAAGAACUACCCUAAAAAUAUAACAGUAAUGCCUAGUGAAGACGCUCUUUAACCUCCUGUCUUUUUGCUUAGUAUAAUACUCGACGACGAGGACGACGAUGAUGAUGGCCAUGGUGAUGGGGAUAUUGAGUGGCGUUGAUGAUGAUGAUGAAGAUGAUGAUGAUAAUGAUAUUCAUUGUGAUAAUUUUGUUCCCAGUUGUAGUGGUGAUGAUGAUGACGGUGGUGAUGGAGGUAAUGAUGCGUUUUUUCCAUGUGACAGGUGUGGUGGUGUUCAUGGCGAAGACAGUUGAGUCGGUUGAGGGGAGAGGGAGUUGAGUCAGUUGAGGGGAGAGGGGCGGGUACUUUUCUGUUAGAUCCGUCAGUAUUCUUCAUGCAGGAGGCAAGGUGAGUAAUCUAAAGCGUUUGGUAUUUUUUCCUUUUCAGCGAGGUGUAUGUUAUACGCUAAAUUCUGGGCAUCCGAAUCACACUAAACUGUACGUGACAACAUCGGGAAAAAUACAAGCCCUGACACUCUCCCUGGAUGCACAGCCAGAGGAGUAUUAUGGACCAUACAGUUAUGACGCAACAGGUUUUAAAAUUUUGGUUCAUGAUCAAAACGAGUCGUAUCCCAACAUUGAAGACUUUGGCGUGGAUUUACCACCUGGUUUCACUACCAAUAUACGCGUGCGAAGGACUAAGGUAGGUUUGCAAAAAUUGUCAUCAUCAUUGUUUGAAACAUCUUUUUCCAGACACCUGGUCCCAGUUGUUCAAAAGGUGGAUAGCGUUCCGGGGGGGGUGCUUGGGUUAAUGUUUGUUGGGUAUUUGCCAAUGGCCUCUCAGAGCCCCUACCCAAUUAUAGUCUAUUUUUUGGCCAAUUAUAGAGCCCAUCUUCGUCACUUUUUGCAAAAUGUAAUUUUCGCGAUCCCAACUUAGUCACUUGUAAUGCGGUCAAUACGAGCUUAUAGUUAAAUUUAAUAAACAACAACUUUCUGAUUUUUUUUAACCGAGCAUCUUCCCAUUUUGAAUCCCUACUUACCCCAAAAAUCCGAAAAUUUGCAACCCCAUUCUAGUAACUCCAUUGAAAAUGCGACCCCAUUAUAGUCACUCCAGUCGGAAAAUGCGACCCCAUCCAGCGGCACAUCCCCAAUAGCCUCUUGUAAGAGAGUAUCCCCCCCCCGGGAUAGCGUUAUCCAAUGGAUAAUUCACUAUCCAGUGGAUACCCAAUUAGUUUUCGUAAUACUUAUCCACUGGAUAGAGAUUUAUCCGGUGGAUAGCGCUAUCAAACGUUUGAACAGCCGGGGCCAAGCUGUAAAUCGCCCAUUUUCUCGGUGCAAGGUUCUCCCAUAUAUGGGAUCGAUAGGUAUGUCCAGCAAAAUAAGAUAUGAUUUCUGAGGGUCUUGAUCAUCCUUAAGUAGGGUGUAGUAUUUGUCCUUGUUGGCGUUGUGGUCCCAGUGUGAUCCUUAGACAGGGUACACAAAUUGUAUAAGCUAAAAUUCCAGUACGUAAUUGUAAAUACCCAGGUACUGUUAGUGUUAUGAAAGUGAUCUAAUGAAGAUUUGCGUGUUUCUGUUAAUUUCUUAUCCGUUAUUUUUCCCUUUUCCCUCUGUAAUUAUUGCACUGUAAUCUUUGUUAUCGUUGUAAACACAUGUGCCUUUAGGCGCUCUGUUGAUAAUAAAGCAAGCUGUCUAUCUUAAAUAGGCUGUCAAUUUCUGUUUAUCUUUAUCCUUAAAUAGUUUUUAAGAUGGUGUGCGGAACACACCUAUCCGAAAUUUAUGGGAGUAUCCCCCGGGACCAAGAGUAAUGACAUCCAAGGCCAGAAAGAUUACAGCUGACCAUAGUAGUAACAGCUUUAUAUGCCUAAUCAUUUUUCAUGUCUUGAUUGUAGACGAUAAGUCUUCCGAAGCCAUUUAAAUCCGGUUGUGGUACAAAGAAGCUGGACUCAACUUUUCCGGUUUACACGGAAUACGCAUGUCUGUUGGACUGUUACACCAAGAUGGUUGUAAACGCGUGUGACUGUCGCAUGAUAUCAAUGCCACCGAUGAGUAAGAUAUUUCUUAAUGCAUUAAAAAUGUAAAUAGCUGUUUAUUCUUGUUUUGCACUUAUUUAUGUUUGGUCGAGAACCUUUGACUGACGACAGCUCACAAAAUGGAAAUUGCACGAUCUUUUCCUUUUAUUUUUCUUGCCAUUUUUUUUGUUACGCGCUUAGUUUUUCGAGCUUUAUUUCCAUUACUGGUUAGUGUUUGUAGAUAUUGAAUAGUUGUGCAAUGUCGUAUUGGUGGCCGAUUCAAUAAACGUUUUUCGAAGAAUUUACACGAAAAUAAAGUUCCAAGUGGAGAGAAAUGCUUUUGUUCUUGACCAUCAACAUGGCCACCGUGACGUCACGUGCAAACCCGCAAUAGAUAAAUGACCUCACAUGACGUUUUUUACGUCCACCAUAUAAGUGUCCAAAACACAGAUGUCCCAUGCAAAUCAGUACUGUAGGAGUUGUUGAACCACGUACACUUUCUUUUGUUCCCGUAAUUUGCAUAGCUGCUGGCCACGUAAGUGAAAACGCGUCAGCCUUCUUUCCUCAGAGUGUCAGUCAAAUGUUAUUCCGUCACUUCGUGUCACUUCUGCUAAGUUUCUACCGGUAAAUACGGAUAAUUGAUCAUCUUUUAUUACAUGUUUAGCCCACAAUGGAUAGACUGUUAGCUUAUGUUUUUGCUGGCUUGUUCAUGUAUCCGUUGGAGUUCUAUGAUUUGUAAACAUUUCAUGUAAAAUGACCACUCACUGUUCAUUGAUCGCAUGAUGUUAUAUAUUUUGUUUCAUUACGGGGUCCACUGAUAAAUAACCAAUGCUAUCAGUGGAGGCGUAGUUGUCUAGUCUCCUCGGGUGUGCAGGUAAGGGUUUUAGCCUUUACCAGAAACCUUUCCUUUAAUGCCCCACUUUGUCUCUUUCGACACUGCCUGGUGUGACAGAUUGAUACUGUGAACAUUCGGCCGGGGGAUGGUUGAGGGUGGGGGAGGCUCCAAGGUUGAGAUGAAAUGAACUUCGCCGUUAUAGGCCUCAUUGGUUCAAAGCUUUUCUUUACCCUCUGUUGUAAAUUAACUAAGUCAAACUUCAUAGUUCUAUGCACAAAUAAAUUUUAUAAUUAUUCCUACAGGUGAAGUUAACCAUACAAGAUUCUGUAGUGCAAAAGAGCUCCUCAAAUGUGCUUUUCCAAAAGCCAGUAAGUGACAAACGAACAAAAGUUUUAACAGCCAUUUUAAGGCUCUGAAAAAAGGACUAAGUCGGAAAUAUUGAUAAUAUUCUUUUAUCCUUGUUUUUUAGCAAAUUUUAACCCGAGCCGCUGUGAUUGCCCCGUGCCUUGUAAAAAAAUUGACUUUCAGGUGCAGUCUUCCAUGGCCUAUUCUCCGUCGAGCCACUUGUGGGAUACCCUCUUGCCACUCUAUAACAUCACACCAAAUGAUACAGAAAAAGUCAGAGAGUACCAAGACUAUGUCAGGUAAACCUUUUAUAAUGUCAACCUCCUAGAAAUUCUUUACGCCAUCUCCCUGAUCUUUCGCAAUAAUUUCGAACUCGUGUAAGAGUGUUUCACAUGCAGAUUUCAAACACUAGCUUAACACUGAAAAAUGAAGCAUAGUAGGUGUUUUUUUUUAAGCAACUUGGAAGUCGAUUUGGAUUUAUUACCCUUGCAGAUUUUCAAGGAAACUAUCACCUAUUCAAUUCAUGUAGAUUGUUCACUGUUUGUUUAUUUUCUUUUAAACGAAUGUGAGAAAAUACUUACUUCUUUUAAAACUCUUCACUCAGCUAGCUUUAUCUUCAAACCCACCGACCUCUUAUGGUCAGUGCACACAAGCGGGAUUGCCUCAAGACUUGAAUCCCUCAAUUUUUAGAUCUUACAAAGAGGCAUACGUGGCCUACAGUGGUCUUUUCGGACACACUAUUCGUCAGUUCCGGGUUCGAGUUCGGCUCCGACCACUAGCUGGAUUAGUUUCUAGGCGAUCGUCCUAGUUCAAAUCCUUUGCUACGCUUGUAAAUCUCCAACUGGUUGCCUUCUGCUAGUUGAUUUGAUUACCGUUUUUAAUGAUUUGAAUAGAGUACUUAUAGACAAGGUGGAAAGCUAAAUGUACUUCUCAAACUUCGAUCGACAGAAGUUUAUUUAAUUUUAACUACUAUUAUACUUUUUGUUUCUUUUAAAUUGUUAGAAAAAGGAUGGUACAAGUGAACAUUUAUUAUGAAACUCUGGACACAGAGGUAACCGAGGAGAAACCUGCUUAUGAUCUCAACGAUUUUGGAUGUAAGUAUGAACUGUAUGUCACGUACAGUCGAUUCUUUUCAGACCCUUCUUGAACACUGACACCUCCCUCUCGGUGGCACCUGUUGUUCUUCAGUCAGACGUCCACAUGCAUGUGCGUCUCGUCUUGGAGGCCGAAAACGACGUACAUGUCUGAUAAGUCCGUCGAUUAGACGCCGUUUGCGUCACUUUGCCUUACCAUUUGUACUACACAUCUAUGAUAAAUGUCGUCUGAUUUGGAUAUGGGCAACAUUAUUGUCCGUGUUUUCAGUUUAGUGUAGACUGCGAGCAGUUUAUUAUUUCUCUUUGGAAAGCUUCUCCACGGGUAACCCAUGCACGCUUGUCCCAUAUUGUAAUGUCGUUGUUUGCAAUCGCGCUGGCUUAGAUAAUAACUGAACGGAUUUCAAGAGAAAAGGCGUUUAGUCUAAUUAGUGUGUAUUUCAAUUUGCUUUCAGCGGACGUCGGAGGUAACAUGGGAUUAUUUUUGGGCUGCAGUCUCCUGACGCUAUGUGAAUUUGUUGAUUUGAUAGUGAUCAUGUGUCUUCAGUGCUGGCGGAAAAAGAACGCAGUAGUUCACGCGAGGGAAGAUCACUUUAGAUAAAGCUAC